UAUGUUAAACCUACGAUCACUUGGUUCAAGAGAAAAGAUUAGAAAUUAGUCAGAAUCGUGUAUAUGAUUGAAUUUCUCAGUAGAUAAUUAAUAAUUACUGUGUUAUAAUAUUAAAAUUAAUUAAUAUAAGAUAUAAUAAUGAUUUUGUUAGAGAUACACAAUAGGAUACUAGAAGAAACAUUAAAUAACAAAAUAAAAAAUGCUCUGUCGGGUCAUAAACCAGAAUCUACAGAUGUUGUUAUAGCAGAUUUUGAUGGAGUUUUAUUUCAUAUUUCUAAUUUAAGUGGUGACAAGUCAAAAAUUAGAAUAAGUAUUUUACUUAAAUUUUAUAAACAAUUGCAAGAACAUGGGGCUGAUGAAUUACUUAUACGUGAAUAUGGACCUUAUCUUAUAGCUCCUGAAAAUGGUUAUAACGUGUCUGUAUUAAUAGAUUUGGAAAAUUUGCCUGAAAAUUGGGAAUCAUUAGUUAAAAAAAUAGCACUUUUAAAAAGGCAUUGUUUUGCUAGUGUUUUUGAAAAAUAUUUUGAUUUUCAAGAAGAAUAUUAUGAUUCACCAGGUACACAAUUGCAAAAAAGGGCAGUCAUUCAAUAUAGAGAUGAAGAAACAAUGUAUGUUGAAGCCAAAAGUGAUAGGGUAACAGUGGUAUUUAGCACAAUAUUUAAAGAUGAAGAUGAUAUGGUUAUUGGAAAAUUAUUUUUACAAGAAUUGAAAGAGGGGAGACGUGCAAGUCAUACAGCUCCACAAGUUUUAUUUAAUCAUCGAGAACCACCAUUAGAAUUACAAGAUUCUGAAGCAGCUGUUGGAGAUUGCAUUGGAUACAUUACAUUUGUAUUAUUUCCAAGACAUACAAACAGAGAAGCUCGUGAUAAUACCAUUGAUUUAAUACAUAUGUUUAGAAAUUAUUUACAUUAUCAUAUUAAAUAUAGCAAAGUUUAUAUUCACUCAAGAAUGCGUACAAAAACAACAGAUUUUUUAAAAAUAUUAAAUAGAGCAAGAUCUCAAUCAAAAAACACUGAGAAAAAAACUAUCACGGGUCGAACAUUCAUUAGGAAGGAAUGAGUGUAAACAUAAAAUUAUAUUUCUUAUAUUGUUUUAAUAAAAGAUAAAUGAUUUCUCAUUUAUCUUAUAGAUUUAUUAGAAAUUUUUUGAUCUUCUGGCAAGAAAAUUUGUUAUUGUUUAUAACAAAAGAUUCUAAUUCAUCAUAUGACUUAAAAACUAUCAAUUUUUGAGUCUUAACAUUCAUUAUCUAUGAACAAUAUAUUGUUCUUUAUAAAAACUCUAUAUUGCUAAAUACACUUGAAAUGUGUACACAGCAAUAUGAUUGAAAAAUCAUUUUAUAUCGAAAUUUUUUAAAUAAUAUUAUCAAAAUACAUAAAAUUUUCAAAAAAAUCAGGGAAUAGUCUGUUUAUGAAUAAAAUUAAAAAUAAUUUUUACUUUACUCUUUUAUUUUUACUCGAUAAAAUGUAAUUAAUUCUAUCUUUAAAAUCAAAGAUACAUAAUCAUACUUCUAUUUCUUUAAAUUUUUUGUCUUUAUAAAUUCACGAAAAUGAUAUUUUUUUUUUUAAAUUCCACGUACAACGAAAAUGUUUAAAAUAACAAGAAACGCGUGGAUUUUAUAAAAUAAUAUAUUGAUGUAUCAUUUGUAUUUUUAAUAACAUAGAUGUCUUUUUUGAUAAAUUAUUUUUAUUAGCUACAUUUUAUUGUCUCUCUCAUUAACAUAUUAAUUGUAAUAUAAUAAAAGUAUUAAUUCUAUAUUAUAAGUGAUAUAAUUAUCAAACCUUUGUUUGUAUUAAUUGAAAAUAUUAGUUAUUGUGAAAAUUAAUAAUAAUAUAUAAUUAGUAAAUGGAUAUAGGGAUUGGAAAAUAAGAUUAAGAUAAAAACUAGGGUGUGCCAAAUAGGGAUGUUCAUUAAUAACCACACCUCUUUAUUUAACACUGACAUAAAAGCUACAGUAUGUGCCUCAUAGAAUUUCAGUUAUGCGCGUUUUUCUACAAAAUACACAUUCUGUUUAAAGUUUAUUGUAUUAAUUAUUUUUAUAAUUAAAUGAAAAAAAUUUUAAAUC